AUGAGCAAGGUUCUAAACUUCUUCGUUGGAGGUCGGCAAAGAAAGGACCAGGACUCUAGCUCAAGGGUCGACCCGCCGAACUUAUCACAGUCGUCCGCCCAAGCCUCGUUCCCCCUCGAAUUCCCUGACGGCGUCGAAGUCCUGCAUGACUGUCCCAAUGCUACGGUCGAUAUAUGUUUUAUCCAUGGAUUGUCGGGUGACCGAACCACUACUUGGACUGCUCAGAACCAGUCUGAUCCAUGGCCCAAAACACUUCUUCCGUCAGAACUCACCACUGCUCGUAUACUGACUUACGGCUAUGAUGCCUAUGUGGUGCGGCGGUCGGUUGCUGGAUCAAAUCGCUUGGUCGACCAUGCCAUAAAUCUCUUAAACGACUUGACAAUGGAUCGAGAUGAUCAUAAUGCAGCGUCUCGCCCUAUCAUCUUUGUCGCUCACAGUCUAGGCGGAUUAGUUUGCAAGAAAGCUAUUCUGAGCUCUCGAAACAACCCUGACAUCCAUCUACAGAAUGUCUUCAAAUACACUGCAGGCGUCAUCUUCAUGGGUACUCCCCACCAGGGAUCGUGGAUGGCAAAGUGGGCCACAAUUCCAGCUACUGCUCUUGGACUGGUGAAGUCUACGAACAAGUUAUUGCUUGAUAUACUGCAGACGGACAAUCAGUUUCUUCAAUCUAUCCAAAACGACUUUCUAUCAAUGAUUCGAGAACUCCAAGGCAACGGCAGAAGCCUACGAGUCACAUGCUUCUUUGAAGAGUUGUCCCUGUCUGGAUAUGGCCAAGUUGUUUCGAGGAAUUCAGCCACUUUUGAUGGUUUUAAAGCGAUAAGCAUCCACGCCGAUCAUUGUAAUAUGGUCCGUUUUAGCUCUGCAAAAAAUACUGGGUUUACCAGGCUGGCUGGAGAAUUAAAGAGAUGGGAGAAAGAAGUCAGGCCUCUGCCAGAGCCUGCUGAUAGACUUGCCAGUUGCCUUUCCACCUGUGAACGACAAGCUAAGCGCGGUUGUGACAGCUUAGACGAAACUAUAUCGAAACGCCGCCGCACAGCCUCGAGAAAUAGUCUCCAGGAAAGGGAUUAUUCCGAUAACACUGACUAUGAUGGAAGCAGCAUCUUUGAUGGUAUCGAUUCUACCGAGGAUACUGCUGUGCAACCCAGUCAGGAAUCUUGCAAUGGAGAUAACUCAGAGAGCGAGGACCUAGAAGAAGAUACCAGUGACGAACCCUCUCGAAGUUCUGAUGAUACUGAGGCACAUAAUGAAAGUCUUACAGAUGAUCUUGCGCCGUUUUCUCAAAACACGGCUCACUCGGAAGAAGAUAGCGGUGAUGAGACGGACUGGUAA